CAUUGGAGAAGAACAAGACGCUGCUCGUCUGAGCCGCUUUAGCCCCUCGAGUUAUAAAAAUAAAAACGCGUUAUUGUGUCUGGCUCUGAGGAUUUAAAACCCUGAGGUUUUCUUUGAUUGAUUGAAGGUUUUGAUCAUCAUCUUCGAGAUUCAUUGCCCUCAACUCCUCACCCUCAGGACUCCUGGAGCAGUUUGUUUACACACACACUAUCACCACAUCAUCCUUUCUUCCACUCUCAAUAUUAUAUUAGGUUAUUUUAGAUUAGAUUAAUUUACAUUAAGUAGUUAGGUUAAGGUUUAGGUUACUUAACCUAUUAUCUUUGGAAGAAGUUUUUUUUUUUUUGUCUUCUGUCCAGCAGGAUGCCGAGGAAGGGAAGGAGGUCCGAGGCAGCGAGGCGCCGAUGGAGGAAGCGCAACCUGGAGGAGCCAACUCCAGUCACUUCCCCCCCGAAGACGGUCCAGACGGUGUCCACCCCACUGGACGCAGGGUCCAGGACCAGGGAGACCCACCCCCCCUGCUCUCGAGCUCCAGUCAGCAACCUGGUUGGAUCUUCACCCCCAGCCCAGCCUUUCGGGAGCCUGGGUGAUGUGUGUCCCGAAGUUCGUGCACGCCGCGGUACCGAGUUCCGCCAUCGGGUGCGGAGGUGGCCAAUUUCGAAGCUCACUGGACGGAGCCACAAGUUGGUCAUCCCACCGGAGUCUCCUGACAAGAAGUUCAUUCUGAUUGUCGGGGACUCCCACCUCCGGUCCAUCGCAGAUGGUUUCACCGUGAUGCCAGAAGGAAAGUUUUCUUUUGGUGUCCUGUCGACCCAUGGGGCCCACGCCGCUCAGCUGCGGACUGAGGUCCUACAUGCUAAUGUUCCUCGGUCCCCUGACGCUGUUUGUGUUCUUGCCCCUAGCAACAACCUGACCGCGAGCAGGACCAUCGACGAGGCGGCCGUCGAUUACGCAAGUUUCCUCACUGCUGUGAGGAGCCGCUGGCCGGAGGUCUUUGUGCUGGAUUCCCCCCCCCGUCUGCAGGAGGAUGAGACAUACCAAGUUCUCCUUCGUCAAGAGUACCACCGCGUGGCGGCUCGUAUGGGUGUGAGGUACUUCUCUGUGGCGGAGCACUUCCCCCUUACGCGCUUGGAUCUGUGGAGCAGAGACGGCAUUCACCUGAGCGAUCGUGAGGGGAUGGGCAUCCUUACCCAGCUGCUGUGGACCGCCACGGAGCAGUUCCUGGAGACACCACCACCUCCCCCGGUUUCUCCUAAGCUGGUUGUGAAGAGAGAGGUACGUGCUCCUCUGUCUCCUGACCCCUUCCAGUGGAAGGUCGUUGGUCAGAGCAGCAAGUUGCAGGUUCCUGGUCAGACCAGCUUGGCUCAGCAGCAGGAGGAGUCCUUCCUCCCACUGAACCCAAUGUGGUUCAGUAGCAUGAUCCUUCGUGCUAUGGAGGAGGUGUCUCCUUCUCAGCUGUCUGGUGUGGAGGACUGUAAGUCUCCUCCAGCACGCAAGAAGGUGGCCUCCCCAGCGGCAGCCAGGCGUCGUAGGACCGCGGAGAGAUGCCCCCCCCACCGCCAGUCUCCUGUGAACAACCUGGUUGGAGCCCCUCCAGCCAGGCUGUCACAGAGACUGCAAGACGACGCCCCCUCCAGCCCGGUUCCACGGUCCAGGACCACGGAUGGACCAGCCCCCCGCACCCAAACUUCAGUGACCAACCUGUGUGAGGACAUGAAAACAGAGACAUCCAUGGAUGGAGAGACUUCAGAAGCCUGUGUGAAGAAAGAGGAGACGCUGGAGCUGAAUAUCUACAGCUAUGGAGCCUAUCUCGACAACCCACCUGAAGGUCUCUCUGUUAAAGUGGAAGAUCCUGACGAUAAAGACUAUCUCUACUGUGAAGUUUGCAAAUCCUUCUUCCUCAACAAAUGCGAGGUUCAUGGACCACCCCUCUUCAUCCCCGAUACUCCUGUUCCCAUGGGAGUCCCUGACCGAGCCAGACAAACACUUCCUCCUGGGCUAGAAAUCCAGAAGUCCAGUAUUCCUGAUGCAGGCCUGGGAGUGUUUAAUAAGGGGGAGACUGUUCCAGUAGGUGCACACUUCGGCCCCUGCCAGGGAGAGCUGGUGAACAGAGAGGAAGCCAAGAACAGUGGAGACUCCUCGGUUGUAUACAGGAGCAUGCAGUGUGAAGAAUACAUCAAUGCCAAAAGAGAGAUGCAUGUGAAUUGGAUGAGGUAUGUGAAUUGUGCCCGUAAUGAAGAAGAACAAAAUCUUGUGGCAUUUGAGUAUCAAGGGGGAAUUCUGUAUCGUUGCUGUCGAUCCAUUAACCCAGGACAGGAGCUCUUGGUGUGGUAUGAAGAGGAAUACACCAGAGAACUCAGUCCUGCACCUACAGGAACAACCAGACAGCAAGAAGUAAAGAACGCUCUGCUGCAAGUCUUUUCAUGCUCCACAUGCCCUCGUUCCGAUGCAUCUCCAAUUUACCUCGACAAGCACAUCCAGAGAUGCCACUAUGAAGAGUACGUGAGACUGCGAGAAUCAGGAGAGAUUAAAUAUAAGCUUCAGAUCCCCUCCAAAUGCUCCAGGCGUCAACCAACAUCAACUGAUGAUAUCCAUUCUGAUACUUCUCAUAAUGAUAUACAGAAGGAAAUUCACCACUGCUCAGAUUGUGGAAAGAGUUUUAGUUAUCAGAAUGCACUCAAGACACACCAGUGCAUUCACACAGGAGGAGAUCCACAUCACUGCUCACAGCGUGGUAGGAAUCUUACUUACCAGAGUGCUCUCAAAACACAACAGCGCGUUCACACAGGAGAGAAGCCGUAUCACUGCUCACAGUGUGGGAAGAGUUUUACUCGUCAGAGUGCUCUCCAACGACACCAGCGCAUUCACACAGGAGAGAAGCCGUAUCACUGCUCACAGUGUGGGAAUAGUUUUACUGAACAGAGUAAUCUCCGACAACACCAGCGCAUUCACACAGGAGAGAAGCCGUAUCACUGCUCACAGUGUGGGAAGAGUUUUACUCGUCAGAGUCAUCUCCAACAACACCAGCACAUUCACACAGGAGAGAAGCCGUAUCACUGCUCACAGUGUGGGAAGUGUUUUACUCAGCAGAGUAAUCUCCAAACACACCAGCGCCUUCACACAGGAGAGAAGCCGUGUCACUGCUCACAGUGUGGGAAGAGUUUUACUUGUCAGAGUCAUCUCCAACGACACCAGCACAUUCACACAGGAGAGAAGCCGUAUCAGUGCUCACAGUGUGGGAAGAGUUUUACUUGUCAGAGUAAUCUCCAACGACACCAGCGCAUUCACACAGGAGAGAAGCCGUAUCACUGCUCACAGUGUGGGAAGAGUUUUACUCAACAGAGUGAUCUCCGACUACACCAGCGCAUUCACACAGGAGAGAAGCUGUAUCACUGCUCACAGUGUGGGAAGAGUUUUACUCGUCAGAGUCAUCUCCAACUACACCAGCGCAUUCACACAGGAGAGAAGCCGUAUCACUGCUCACAGUGUGGGAAGAGUUUUACUCAUCUGCGGACUCUCCAACGACACCAACGCAUUCACACAGGAGAGAAGCCGUAUCACUGCUCACAGUGUGGGAAGAGUUUUACUCGUCAGAGUCAUCUCCAACAACACCAGCACAUUCACACAGGAUAGAAGCCGUUUCACUGCUCACAGUGUGGGAAGAUGUUUGCUUGUUUAGUUACAUUUAAGACCUUCAAGUGCACUAACUCAGAGACACUGCAUGAUUUAAAGUUGUCAAAUUAAAUAUGGUUAUUACAGUUUUGACUGAAAAUGACCUGUACUUUGAACUUUAUUGUUCAUGUUACACUGGUCAACAAUUUUUCAGGAGUUGUCUGCUUCAGAGAUGAAGUUGGCUAUUAUGAAAUUGUGUGUGUUGAAUUAGAAGUGACAGUUAAUCAGCUGAUUGGCUAUGGCUUCCAAGAUAUUUAAGAUUUUAAAUUUUAUACUUAUGUACAUUGUGUAGAUCGUAAUGUUUUAAAUAUAAAUUGUAAAACUAGGUCUCGUGUUUAUGGUCGGUUUACAUGAUAUUUCACCUGUUCUCGUUAUGUAACACUAGAAAAUCAGCAAAAAGUUUAUAUAAAUAAAAUGUAUUAUGAACCAAAUUGCAAAAACCAAAUUAUGUGUAAGUACUGAAUAGGUUUAGUCCUUAUUCUGUGUGUAUGCAGUGGUUAUUUAUUUAUUUAUUUAUUUAUUUAUUGGCAACUUGUCUCUUGUGUUCAUGAAACGGAGCAUCUCUUGUCAAGCAAAGACUUGAUCUCGAGUGCAUAGCACCGUAUGAAUUUUUUUGUUUUUUUGAGCUGAUAUAAGACCAGUUUGUUCAGCAGAGUGAUGUCAGUUGACUUAUGAAUGCAUCAUCAGUGACUUCUAGGAAUAACCUAAUGUCAUGUAUGAUGCAAUACCGGCUUCAGAUUGCAUCAUUCAUUGUUUUGCCAAAAAAGUAAGUACUAUCCAAACCCACUCAUAGAUUUAUUCAUAGAGCCAAUCUUGAAAACGAGCCAAUGAACAAUUUUAAGUUUCAUUUUCGUUCUCAGCGAUCCAGAACUCGUAAAGUUUGACUAUAUUUAUUUCAGAAGCAUUUUGGCUGUAGACCAGUGUUCUAUGACUGUUUUAAAAUAUGUAACCUUAUAGUGAUGUUUAAAAUGAGACUGUUAAUGUUUUCUUUUGCUCUUUAGUCAUUAAUUACCACCAUACAAAUAAUGAUUUAACUGCAACACUUAUCAGUGUAGUACUGCAGCAUGAGACUAAUUGUUCAUGUAAUUAUUACUGAUCAGGAUUUUAAUGUUUAAUGGAAAUGUCGAUCAAACCAAAUGAGUACGGAGCACUUAAAUGAAGCUCGUCGAAAGCCUCGGUCACAACCGGCCGUACGUGCUCCUACGGCCGGUCUACGUGCAAAAAACGCAAAGAAACGCACGGAGGGCGCGCGUGUGACGUGCUGAUUUUCGAGCCGUAGACUGGCCGCAGACCGGCCGCAGAGGUUCUUUGUCAUGUCAAACAAACUCUACGGGCGCUUACGUUUUUUUCAGGUUGCAAGACAAACGUACGGCCGACGUGCGUCUUUCGUACGAUUUGCUGGUGUCAGGUUUGGGCAAAAUGUCAGUUUUUUUCAUAUGUCGCACUUGCGGACUCCGUAUGUGUGUCGUGCGCCCCACAUACGUAAUUAGUGCGGCCAACGCACGUUCAGAUAUUUCGUAUGUCAUCCAUGCGUGUCAAGUAAGUCGGCCGUGCAUUGGCUGUACGGCGAGAGGGCGUCAAUCGCAGGAAAACUCGGGUAUAUAUGUCAGCCUCUAGCUGUGUGGGGAUCUUAUUUUUGCUGUGAUGAGUUGCUGUGGUUUUGGUGUGUUCACAUAAUUGGUUGAUUGCUGUGAUUUCACUGUGUGCUGCUAAUUGACUGCUACCUACACUGAUCUUGUAUUUGCAGCUCUCUAAUUGCUUAGAUGGAUCAGCUGUUUGGACAAUUAUUACCUGACCUAUUGUGAAGCACUUGAAAGACGAAGGGGUGGGGUAUAAAAGGGGGACCUUUUCAGUAUUAAGGAGGAGUUCAACAGGGCGUGAAAUCGUUAAGAGGUGCCCAUGGACAGUGUGAGGCCGGUAACGGCCCCCGCCCCGCCGGGGACGCAGACUUCUCGGAGUUGGGUUGUUUGGGAAUGCAGCCCAAAGAGGGGAUCGGACGCCGCAGCAGAUGCGUAGUUACCAGUGGAAGAUCAGCGGGCAGAUUGAAGGAAGGAACAAACAGACGAACGAAGGAAGGAAGGAAUGAACAAGCGAACGAAUAUACAAACAGUUUUUCUCUGCCUGCGCUGUGCUGUUUCCCUGAUUUGCUGCCUUCUUUUGAGGUGCGUUGGCUGCGGACUUAGGAAAUCUUGACCUAGCCAAUGGGAAUCUGGAGUCAACUGUACUUAAUUCAACGCUCGCUAACGACAGGGUAAAGGGACACAAGACUUCUCCUUCCCUGCUGUUUUUGCCUUGUUGUGUACAUCGGCAUUGUUUGAUGCUUUCUCUUUUAUUGCCCGAGGUGUGCGCUGACUUCGGGCGAGCCAUAGACGUUUUUGGGAAUCCCCCGCUGCUACCUGGACGCUGGAGCUGUGACGUCACGCACAGGGCUUCCCCGUGCAUUAGGCUUCCCCACGAUUUCAGCGCUUCUGGGACUGGGAUUCCUCUUUGCGCAGACUGCGCACUGCUGAGACAAGACAAUUUUAUUUUUUUUAUUUUUUUCUUUCUUUGUAGCUUGGUGCUAUUUUUAAACGAUAAUUUAGUUAUCUAUUUACUAAAUAAAGCAUGCAUUUUUUUUUUAA